AUGUCUGAUGACUCACCCUGCAGAGACCCAAAACCACAGACUCAGAGACCCAAAACCACAGACUCAGAGACCCAAAACCACAGACUCAGAGACCCAAAACCACAGACUCAGAGACCCAAAACCACAGACUCAGAGACCCAAAACCACAGACUCAGAGACCCAAAACCACAGACUCAGACACCCAAAACCACAGACUCAGAGACCCAAAACCACAGACUCAGAGACCCAAAACCACAGACUCAGACACCCAAAACCACAGACUCAGAGACCCAAAACCACAGACUCAGAGACCCAAAACCACAGACUCAGACACCCAAAACCACAGACUCAGAGACCCAAAACCACAGACUCAGACACCCAAAACCACAGACUCAGAGACCCAAAACCACAGACUCAGACACCCAAAACCACAGACUCAGAGACCCAAAACCACAGACUCAGAGACCCAAAACCACAGACUCAGAGACCCAAAACCACAGACUCAGAGACCCAAAACCACAGACUCAGAGACCCAAAACCACAGACUCAGAGACCCAAAACCACAGACUCAGAGACCCAAAACCACAGACUCAGAGACCCAAAACCACAGACUCAGAGACCCAAAACCACAGACUCAGACACCCAAAACCACAGACUCAGAGACCCAAAACCACAGACUCAGAGACCCAAAACCACAGACUCAGACACCCAAAACCACAGACUCAGAGACCCAAAACCACAGACUCAGAGACCCAAAACCACAGACUCAGAGACCCAAAACCACAGACUCAGAGACCCAAAACCACAGACUCAGACACCCAAAACCACAGACUCAGAGACCCAAAACCACAGACUCAGAGACCCAAAACCACAGACUCAGAGACCCAAAACCACAGACUCAGAGACCCAAAACCACAGACUCAGACACCCAAAACCACAGACUCAGAAACCCAAAACCACAGACUCAGAGACCCAAAACCUCAGACUCAGAGACCCAAAACCUCAGACUCAGAGACCCAAAACCACAGACUCAGAGACCCAAAACCACAGACUCAGAGACCCAAAACCACAGACUCAGACACCCAAAACCACAGACUCAGAGACCCAAAACCACAGACUCAGAGACCCAAAACCACAGACUCAGAGACCCAAAACCACAGACUCAGACACCCAAAACCACCAGACUCAGAGACCCAAAACCACAGACUCAGAGACCCAAAACCACAGACUCAGAGACCCAAAACCACAGACUCAGAGACCCAAAACCACAGACUCAGAGACCCAAAACCACAGACUCAGAGACCCAAAACACAGACUCAGGGACCCAAAACCACAGACUCAGAGACCCAAAACCACAGACUCAGACACCCAAAACCACAGACUCAGAGACCCAAAACCACAGACUCAGACACCCAAAACCACAGACUCAGAAACCCAAAACCACAGACUCAGAGACCCAAAACCACAGACUCAGACACCCAAAACCACAGACUCAGAGACCCAAAACCACAGACUCAGAGACCCAAAAACACAGACUCAGGGACCCAAAACCACAGACUCAGAGACCCAAAACCACAGACUCAGACACCCAAAACCACAGACUCAGAGACCCAAAACCACAGACUCAGAGACCCAAAACCACAGACUCAGACACCCAAAACCACAGACUCAGAAACCCAAAACCACAGACUCAGAGACCCAAAACCUCAGACUCAGAGACCCAAAACCUCAGACUCAACCAAACACUGCAGGACAAUCUCCAUCUGA